CCAAAAUGUGUUUCCCUUUUCCUGUGUCGGUUCGAGCGCGCGGUAUGCUUUACGACGAAGGAGAAAGGAUCUGAGAAUCUCAGACCUCAGUCUCAUUUCUCGCGCUUCUGCUCUCUCUCUCUCUCUCUCUCUCUCUCUCUCUUCUCCAAAAAAACCCUAGAAAUUAGGGCAAACGGAGAAAGAGAGAGUCAUGGCGAGAUCCUCUGGUUCUUCUUCGUCGCUCUUCUCCUCCCUCCUCUACUUCGGCCUCUCCAUCACUCCUCUAUUCUUCCUCUCUACCAGCGAGGAAACCCCUUUCAGAGGUGUUAGUUUAGAGAAUCCAGUUGUAGAGUUUGUUCCAACGCCUCAUGAUGGGCACCUGUGUGAGCGGGUGCAUCUCGCUGGGAUUUCAAGGAUAAAUCUGAAGCAUUAUGCGAGUUCACUGCAUGUUAUGCUGAAAGCAUCGAACACUGUCCCAGAAAAGCUUCAUGGAAAGGCGGAGGUUUGUUUUCACAGAAAUGUUUCAAAGGGUCUAUGCCAAUGUGAGGAUGAUCAGUGGAAGACUCUUCAGGAGGGUCAAUGGACUGCUGUAAUAUCACCAUAUGAAAGGAGAUACAUUGAUGUAAAAGUCGAGGAUAAACUACCAUAUUCAUUCACAAUUACCGCCGAGCAAGAAUUUCAGCAGUGGCGCUUGAUUUGUCUUGGUUUUGGUGUUCUCCUGCUGCUUCUUGCACCAAUUUUUAGUACCUGGGUCCCAUUUUAUGUUGGCAGUUCAAUGGCUGUGGGGAUCCUUGCUGUUGUAUUGCUCCUUGUAUUUCAGUUUAUGAAGCUAUUACCCAUGGGCAGGAAGAACAUCCUUUACAUUACCCUUUAUGGAUCUGCGCUAGGUAUUGGAACAUAUAUUGCGCAAUAUUUCUCCAUGGUGGUGAAUUCUAUUCUUGAC